GCCAGACAGCGCCAGUAUCUCCUCAUGAUGGAACGCAGCCGCCGACGCGCAGCGGCCCCGUGCUCGCAUUGAUUCGACCAGGCUCCCAUGGGUUUCGGGAUCUCCAACCUGGCACGGGCACCGUGGAUGGUCGGCUGCCGCCUACCGGCCGGCGCACGAGGAGAGGCGGCACUCCAUCCAGUGAGAGCGCGGUUUCCCCCUCCCGGCAAGCAUUCUCCGCUUCUCCCCCAGCACCGUCCGUCCCCCGGCCACCGAUCCGAGCGCCGCGUGCCCCCCUCUCCCUCCCCACGGCUCCUCGUAUAAGAGGCCCGCGCCCCUGCCGUUGCCAACACCGAGCACGAGCAGCAUAUCCGACCCACACCCUGCGAGCUCUAGAGGCCAGGCCACUGCAGAUUGCACUCUCCCCUCCCCUCGUCUUGCGCGCGGGCAACCUGCUUCGUUACGGGCUGGUUCGUCGAUGGACGGCGGCGCGGACGCGUUCGCGGCGGCGGCUAACCCGUGGUCGCUGGUCCGCGGCUACUUCUCCCCGGCGACGCUCUUCCUCCUGCUCAACAUGGUCAUCGGCACCAUCGCGCUCACCUCCCGCUCCCGCCGCCACUACCUAGACGAAGACCACCACUACCAGCACCAGCAGCACUGCGGUGAUCGGCAUCAGCACGCUCCUCCGGCGCCGCUCGCGCGCACGUCGUCGGUCAUGGAGCGGCUGCGCUCCCUGGGCCUCUACCGCUUCCGCUCCGGCGACUUCCCGCCCGAGUACAACCACCACCUCUCCGGGGGGGCAGACGACGACAGCACCAGCGGCGGCGCGCGGGAGGCGCAGGCCCAGUACGCCAGGAGCCGGUCCGAGCCUGCCGCGAGGCCGCCGGCGGCGGCUCGCCGGGCCACAAAUAAUAAGAACGAGGAGGCGGAGGCGGUGGUCGGGGCGGCGAAGACGAAGUCGAGGUCGGAGGUGAAGAGGCUGGAGCGCGCCCCCGCACCGGCGCAGACCCAGGUGCGCCGCGCGCCGAGGGCCCCGGCGCGGCGAGCCCCGCUGGUGGUGCGCGAGGAGGAGGAUGCCGCCGCGGCGGUGAGCGUGGACGCGCGCGCCGACGACUUCAUCAACAAGUUCCGGCAGCAGCUGCAGCUGCAGCGGCUCAACUCGCUGCUCAACUGUUCCAAAAAAAAAAAAAAAACUCGCUGCUCAACUACAAGGAGAUGCUCAACCGCGGCUUGUAGGGUCGUACAGCUACAAGCUAGUGUUCAUUCGCUGUCGAGUCUGCGUGGUGCAAUGCAACGUAGGUGGGGGUGUUUAUUCGUGAAAAAGUUCCAGUUUGGCUACUGUAGCAUAUUUUUUGUUGUUAUUUAACAAUUAAUAUUUAAUUAUGAAUUAAUUAGUGUAA